UACUGCUGCUAGUACUGCUGCUGCUUCUGCUACUACUACUGCUCUACUCUACUACUGCUGCUGCGACUACUACUGCUGCUACUACGUAGGACGUGGAUGUCAGUUCACAUCUGUGUGACCUACUUUACUUGCGGUUGUUAUAUAAAAGAUAUUGAAAGUGUAAAUUGCAUUAAGACUAGACCUUCGUGUUUUUAUUCGUAUCAAUCGUUCAUGUUAAGUCGAACUGUGUUGUGAAUAAUAAUCAGGUGAUGUUAGGUUAGGUAAGACAAGUAUGUUGAUGAGCGUUCAUCAUUUGAAAUGACUAGAAGACACGAUAUGUGCGCAUGGGUUGAUGUCAAUCCAUAAUAAAUGUGAUGACUUUAUUUUGCUUUAAUGAAUACUAUGUCGGAGUUGACAGUUACUUACUUGGUAAUUAUAUAUAUAUAUAUAUUAAACGUUUUCAUAAUUUUUUUUCUCUAUAGAAAUCGCUGUAGAUCUUUAAAACAAGCCCUUAACGAAACCGUAGAAAGCCAAAUGAAAAGUCGUCAACGUUUGGUUGAUAUGGCUCUAGCGAAUCGUGACCUUCGAGAUGAAAUAUGGCACUAUGCAUAUUUGAAUUCAUCUCUGUCUUCAGAAAUUGAAGGACUUCAGAGUGAACUUGCGAGUUUACACAAUGAAGAACACUGUAGUAAUGAAAACGCCAAUGCUGUGAAUUCGAAGCCGAAGAAAUUUCAUGCAUUGGAUUCAGAUGAAAUUGAUAAACUUUAUUUAAGAAAUCAGGAUCUUAAUAAAGUGGAGACGAAUAAAAUUGAAUCACAAGAAAAAGGAAAAGAAGAAGAAAAUACUUCAGCCAAAUUAUCCCUGGGAAAUGGUGGAGACUCUACAACUACCACUACUACUGGUGUUAGUACAAGUGACAGAAUGGUGGGACGUUCAAGAAUUGUUCCAUGCAAAGAAAAACCGCAGGAAUGUAAACCUUCGUGAUAAAUAAAAUUUUCUUCCAUCACCAUCAUAGAUUACGUGGCAAUGUUGUUGGUGUUUUUUUUAAAAUAAUAGAUUGAUCGCCAGAAAUGCCUUUCUUUCCUUAGAAACUACUAUUGUUAUUAUUAUUAUUGCUUGGUGAGUAGAAACCUUAUUUUGUUAUAAAUCACUCCAACAUACUCUCGACUAUUCUCUGUGCUAUUUCUUUUAUCUGUUCGUUGUUUUUGCAUAUUUUGUGGUAAAAAAAAGAUACAUAGAAAUUAUAAAUAUCCCUUCUUGUUGUA